UGUCAAAAUGUUUUGUUGAGCUGAAUUUCCAAUAAGAUUUUUGCGUGCGUGAAAAAAGACAAAAUUCCCCGUGAUUGCGUGUAUUUUGUGGCGUGAGAGUGUCGUGAAAACAUUCCCUCGUCCCCCGUGAAGAGAUUGGAUGUGAAAUUCGGUUUGUACCCCGGGGCGGAGGCUGUUCUUGCGGGAAAAACUUUCUGCAUGCAAUUUUGAAUGUUUCUUUUUUAUUCUACUUCUCUUUGCAUUCUUUUUCUUGUUUAUUGAUUGUGUGGCCGUGCAUGGUUAAUUGCUUGGAAGGAAAGAAAAAAAGAUCUAUUUUGGCACUAAUAGAGGAAAAUCCACCAGGCGGGGACGUGAAUUAUUAAAGAAUUGCGCAAGAGAAAAAAAAAAGAAUCAGGUGGCCUUGGUGUGGAUUGCGCUGCUGGUGACUCCGGAAGGGAGUACGUGGUGGUGGGAUUUUCUGGAUUGUUGAUGUGCUGUUGGGGGCACAGAGUGGACAAUGAGUCACAGUUUUGCCGUCUGUACGAAGCAUUGUCAGCUUCGGCUGCUGACUGGAGCCCCGUCGGGGGAUGAAUUCAUGGCCCUCCAGCCGGGAAUGAUGCUCCAGAUCCGGGAACGUCCCUCCGGGAAGGUGGUCAGUGUGCGUGUGUAUGAUUUCUACGCGCGUGACCUUGUGUGGGAGAAUAAUCUCUUCUCAUGCCCAAUUGGUAAUCUCCUGGAGGUUCCAUCGGAUAUUUGGCUCUUCCUGGCUGCCAUUGUGGACCCUGUGGAGCGUCUCGCCCUGGCACAGUCGGAGGCACGCACCCGGCAAAUCCUCAGCCUCAAGGAGAGUGACAUCGUGGUAGCCAGUGGGGCUGCCUUUAGAUUAAAUGCCAGCUUUGAUGCCAUUGUUAGAUACAUUGGUCUUGUACCGGAAAUUGGUCCCGGAUAUUAUUUUGGUUUAGAGAUUUUGAAUUUCAAAGCAGGAUCAUCGCCACAGGCCAAUGAUCUUCCCUACUUGGGCAAGUACAUGUCAUGUGACCCAAGUCUUGCUCUAGUCAUCCCGGCAAACUUCAUUGAACAGCCCCAAGGCAGCCACGGAGACAGCAAGUCCUUCAAGCGCUCCACAAAGGGACUAAUCAAUGGCAUUCUCUGCCUGACCGUUGAUCGUGUGCAGGACGUCAAGGAUCGCUACGGGACACUGAGGAAUUCCCGACGGAGCACCGACAAAGGUGACCCACUGAAGCGUCUCUCGCUCAAUGCAGACGUAGAGGCAGCGUACAAGGCAAGAGAUCGAUCACCCCUCUCGAGUGAUUCAUCAAUGGAUGGCCGAAAGCAAACACCGAGUAUUUCCUCUUCAUACAGCAAUCCCAAUUUACGGCGUGACGAUGAUGUAGGAGGAGAACGUGCCAAGGGGACACAGAUGAAUGGCAGCAGCACGACAAAGACUCUGGCCAAUAGUGAGGAGUACGUGAAGUACGUGGAGAAUUACGAGAGGAAUUUGGAGAAGCAGAAAGAUGCUGAAAAUGGUGCUGCAGCUGCAGCAGCACGCAAUGCUGCUGCUGCUGUGGCGAAGGUGAAGAAGAAGCCGUUGCCGCCAAUGAGUGGUGGCGUUAAACCGAAUACAUUCCUAAGCCUCAAGGAUCGUGAUAUCGUUGUGAUUGACAAGGCGGACAUUAAGGAGUCCGUGAAGAAUGAGAGUGAGGUCAUUGUGUUGGAUCACGCGGGACGACCAACGAGUUCGUCCGGAGAAGUUGAUUUGGUGGAUAUUUUGGGGCCAAAUUGGCCAGCAGCUGCGGGUGAUGUGGCCCCCGUGCUGAACAGUGAGAAGCGCCCCGGUGGCGCUCCACUGAUGACAAAGAAUGAGCGCAAUCGCUCGGGGAAUCCCAUUUCCCACCUAAUCAGCACGAAGAGUGCUGAAAGACGGCAGAAGGACAACAUGAUGCGCUUCAGCGAGGAAUCGGGAUCGAGUUCCUUCGACAGCAGCAGCAGCUCCACAAAUCGUAAAAAACAAGUGGAGCCACACUAUGAUAAUAUUCCUGUGCCGCAGCGUGAUGAAGAAAUUCCAGCUCCAUCGCCACUUUCGGAGAUCCCAGAGAUGAAUUUGGGCUUGGGAUCUGUGGUUGAGGUGUCGACGGAUGUUAGUGAAGAUCUCUAUGGGGUUAUUCGGUGGAUUGGGUACACACCGGGGAAUCCAGCGGCGGGGAAGAGUCUCCUGGUUGGUGUGGAACUGGAAGAGGAUCAACCGGAGCGACCUCUGACGCUAACAGAUGGUUCCUACAAUGGGGUGAGGUUGUUUCGUUGCCCCCCAGGACGUGCUCUCUUCAUUCCACCGUCGCAGUGCUCGAAGGAUCGUCGUUUUCAGGACAUUGAUCGCCCCUCAACGUCCACAGCACCUGACAAUUACAAGCUCUUUGGGCAUGUUGAGUGUCCCAGUGUUCCGGGAUCUAUUGCACCGUUGAAAGUCGCCAAACCCGAUGAUCUUGAGACAAUGUGUGGGAAAUUCAAGGGGAUUCAGGGGCAUCACAAUUCCUGCUAUCUCGAUGCAACACUCUUUGCAAUGUUCACCUUUACGAGUGUCUUCGAUUCCCUCCUUUUCCGCCCACCCGAUUCAGCAGAUAUUGCCCACUAUGGGGAAGUACAGAAGGUCCUCCGGGAGGAGAUUGUUAAUCCCCUCCGGAAGAAUCUCUUUGUACGUGCUGAUCGGGUGAUGAAGCUGCGGCAGCUUCUGGAUAAAUUGAGCUCAGUUACGGGACUCAUGUCGGAGGAGAAGGACCCGGAAGAGUUCCUAAAUAGCCUCCUGGCGCAAAUUCUCCGUGCUGAGCCAUUCCUGAAGCUCAGUUCGGGGCAGGAUGCCUUCUACUAUCAGCUCUUUGUGGAGAAGGAUGAACGUUUGAGCUUCCCAUCGGUGCAGCAGUUGUUUGAGCAGAGCUUCCUGGCGUCGGAUAUAAAGCUGAAGGAGGUGCCGUCGUGCCUCAUCAUUCAGAUGCCGCGUUUUGGGAAGAAUUUCAAAAUGUACCCGAGAAUCCUUCCGUCGCAAGUUCUCGACGUAACGGAUAUCAUUGAGGAUUCUCCCCGGCAGUGCACAGUUUGUGGGAAAUUGGCCGAAUUUGAGUGUCGUGAAUGCUUCGGGACGCUACAGUGUGGCGUGGGGCUGGAGAGUACGGCCUUUUGCAGGAAGUGCCUGGAAACGGCACAUUCGCACACGAAACGUCUCAAUCACGUGCCCAAGGAGAUCUCAGUGCCGCACGAUUUUAAGAUAAUGGCCGAACACUGCCCUGUGCCGCGUCUCUUUAUGGAGCUCUUUGCGGUGGUUUGCAUUGAGACGUCGCACUAUGUGGCCUUUGUGAAGGCAGGUUCGGGUCAGGAUGCCCCAUGGUGCUUCUUUGACUCAAUGGCUGAUCGAAAAGGUGAGCUAAAUGGGUACAACAUCCCGGAAAUGGUGUCCGUCACCGAUUUACCGCAGUGGUUGUCCGAAGACAGUGCCCGUACGCUCCAUGAGGCAGCCUCAAAUGACAAAAUGCUUCCUGAUCACGCAAAGCGCCUCCUCUGUGACGCCUACAUGUGUAUGUACCAGAGCACCGAUGUGAUGAUGUAUCGAUAGAUUAGAACCAACAACAACAAAAAUUGAUUAAAAAAAUGCUUUAAAUCCCCCUUCCUCCGUUGAAGUUCUUAAAAAGAAGAGAUAAAAAAAAUCGAAACUUUGCAAGUUCACCUUUUUAUUGAGAAGAUGCAUCUUAUCAGCUGAUUAAGAAUACAAAGAGUGUGUUUAUAGUACUAUAUUUAGAACGUUUUAAAGAACCACAGAAAAAAAAUUAUUAAAAGUAUUAAUAUUAAUCUAUUACUUUUAUCAAAUAAAACUUCUCUUAAUUCAUUGUGA